AUGCGCCGUCGUCGCCGGGGCCGUGGGCUUCGCCAUGGGUCCGCUUCAGCCCCGGGGCUGCAUCGCUGCCAGGAGAGCCCGACAAGGGCCGCUGCGGCCCUCCGCUUCGGGGGCGUAGGAGCGUGGCGAGUGGGGUGCCGCGGCGGCACCCGCGGCUCAAGAGGAGAGGUCCUAGGGGAGGAGAAGCAGUCUCGCGAGAACGGCUGCUGCAGCUUGCAGCGGCGCGGGCGCGAGAGGUGGCAGCUUGAGGCGGGCGCGCGCGCGCUCUCCGCUCCCCAGCCCCCGAGCGGCUCGCGGCCGGCUCCGCGCCGCAUCGUCCAGUGCAUCGCAGCUCAGUGCAAGCGCGGCGGCCUUUUGGCAGCCGAGCGGCCAAGGCAGGUCAAGACAAAGAGGCGUGGACAGGCUGCUGGGUCAGCUGGUGCCAUCAUGGCUGAGAAAGUGAACAACUUCCCUCCUUUGCCCAAAUUUAUCCCGCUGAAGCCAUGUUUCUACCAAGACUUCGAGGCAGACAUUCCUCCCCAGCAUCUCAGCAUGACCAAGCGCCUCUACUACCUCUGGAUGUUGAACAGCGUCACGCUGGCCGUGAACCUGGUGGGCUGUCUCGCGUGGCUGAUCGGAGGCGGGGGAGCCACCAACUUUGGCCUCGCCUUUCUCUGGCUCAUCCUCUUCACACCCUGCUCCUAUGUCUGCUGGUUUCGGCCCAUUUACAAGGCCUUCAAGACUGACAGCUCCUUUAGCUUCAUGGCAUUUUUCUUCACCUUCAUGGCCCAGCUGGUCAUCAGCAUCAUUCAGGCUGUGGGUAUCCCAGGCUGGGGUGUUUGCGGCUGGAUCGCCACUAUCUCCUUCUUUGGAACGAACGUUGGCUCUGCGGUGGUGAUGCUCAUUCCCACCAUCAUGUUCACGGUCAUGGCAGUCUUUUCCUUCAUAGCCCUCAGCAUGGUUCAUAAAUUCUACCGGGGCAGCGGAGGCAGUUUUAGCAAAGCUCAGGAGGAAUGGACCACAGGGGCAUGGAAGAACCCGCAUGUGCAGCAGGCAGCCCAGAACGCAGCCAUGGGGGCGGCCCAGGGUGCCAUGAAUCAGCCACAGACCCAGUAUUCUGCCACCCCCAACUACACAUACUCUAAUGAGAUGUGA